AUGCUUUUACAAUCAAGGAUUACAAGUCAAAAUUGUUGUAUUUCGACAACAAAUAAACUUUCUAAUAUCAUUGCAAUAACAAAUAAAAAAUAUUAUUCGAACACACAAAUAAUACGAAGAAAUGCUACAAACCUUGCAUUUAAUAGUUCGACUUCAAGUGGAUCAAAUAAUCUUUCCAAAUUAAAAUUCAUUCCAAAUGUUACUACAGCUACCACCACAACAACUACAGCGACUUCUACUAUAUCAAGUACUAAUAAAUUCCCACAAAACGAUUUCAAAUUUAAAUUUAUAAACCAAUCGAAGACAUUCAAAAAUAAAGAUAAUUCAAUUAAAACGUCUAAAUGGUCAAGUCAUUCCUUACCAUCUCAGACAUUUUUAAAGGAACAGCAUGAAAAUUCUUUAAUGGAAGAAAAAUUAAAGAAAGAAAAAUUAGAAGCUGCGAAGAAAAUUAUUGAAGAAGCUAAAUGUAAUCCUGCUUCCAUUUCAAAUGAAACAAAAACGACAUCUACAUCCUCGGCGAAUCCUACUACAUUAAAAACCAAAAAGAGAAAGAGAACUUUGAGACCUCGUAAGGCUAUUAUUACAUUGUCUCCAAAGGCCAUUCUUCAUUUAAAGGCAUUAUUAGAUCAACCAAAUCCACAGAUGAUUCGUGUUGGUACAAGGAACCGUGGUUGUUCAGGUACUACCUAUGAUCUUCAAUAUAUUAGUGAACCUGGUAAAUUUGAUGAAAUCAUCGAACAAGAUGGUGUUAAAGUUGUCAUUGAUUCUAAAGCUUUAUUUAGUGUUGUUGGAUCUGAAAUGGACUGGGUAGAUGAAAAACUACAAUCUAAAUUUGUCUUUAAGAAUCCAAACUCUAAAGGUACUUGUGGUUGUGGUGAAAGUUUUAUGGUAUAA